CGACAGGCAGAUCCCAGACGGAGAUCACGACCCGUCCGAUCCGCCCGCGACCUUUCCCCCCUCCAUUCCCCCCGCCCCGCCCGUCGGCGGCUGUCUGCGCCGCCGCCCGCCGCGGCGUCGCUUCCCGAGUCAAACAAGCCCCCCCGCCGAUUCGGCCGCGCGGUUCCAAUCCCCCACUGGCGUCUCCCGAAUAGCCAAAAUCGUCGCGCCCCCGACGGCCGCGGGGAUGAACCGGAUCCCGUCCGUCUCGCUGCGGGGCGACGCGGCCGAGGCGGGCGCGGCGCCGGCGCCCGACCCCGCCGCGCUGGCGCGGUGGGCGCGGGCGUUCUGCAUCAUCCGCUUCGACCUGGAGCGCGGGCAGCUGGUCGAGGCCUGCUUCCCGCCGGACGCGCUCGCCCACGGCGGCCUCGACCGCCUCGUCGCCUUCUCCUCCUUCCCGGACUCCAUGUCCCACCACCUCCCGCGCCACCGCUCCUCCGUCCACGACUCGCUCUUCUCCUUCCGUCUCCCGGACCCCUCCCCUCCCGCGGCGGGCUCCCGCCGCGGCUUCCUCUACGGCUUCGUGUUCAACCGCCAGCGCCAGGAUGAGCGCCUCCCGCGCGGCGGCGAGCAGAAGUCCGUUGUCAUACUCUCACACGCGCCCUACUCUUCCCUCUUCCGCCUGCUGCUGCAGAUCCUUGGCCCCCUCUGCUUCGACAUAGGCCACACUGCGCUGACAAUGGUGGCCUCGCACGUUGCCGCCUGGCCAGCCCCAUCACCGGGGUGCCCCAUGGAGCUCCCCAUUGGCAGCGCCGCGCUGCGGGUGCACCUUCCGCCCGCUGCCGACGACCCUGGGCCGCCGCCUGCGCUGUUGCCGGCGAACCCCUCGGUGCCGUAUGGGCUCUUCCACGAUGCUGACCUGUUUGCUGCGUUUCGUGGCUUGCUCCUCCACCUGUGGACUCUUUGGGAACUCAUGGUUGUUGGUGAACCCAUACUGGUUGUGGCGCCAUCACCACCUCAAUGCUCCGAGGCUGUGGCUGGGCUUGUUAGCCUUGUUGCUCCAAUCUUGUAUAGUGUGGACUUCAGGCCGUACUUUACUAUUCAUGAUCCGGACUUUGCUCGCCUGAAUGCGCUUGCAGAAGGUGAGGUGUUCCCGCCGAUGGUGCUCGGGGUGACGAACUUGUUUUUCCUGAGGAGUCUUAAGAGUGUUCCAAAUGUGGUGUCCGUGGGAAGCCCGAAUCCAAAUUCUACUAGGGUGCUCCCAGCAGGUGGGCAAUCACCGGCAUCAGCAAAUGGAUCCAAUGGGACACCUGUGAGGCUCAAACUCGACAAGCUUGCAAUCAAUAAGUUUUCGCCCACUGGUCUAUUGAAUUCAAUCAAGUUGAGAAGAGAAGGCCCUCUUUCCCUCAUGACAGAGCAUAAAGAGGCGCUAUGGAGCACAUAUGUGCCAACUACAAAGCCUGACACCUCUGUUCUAAAUAGACUCAUUGAUGCCGGCGUGUCACCUAGAAUUGAGGAGUCCAUGUCAGUUGUCAAUAAUGAGAUAUUGAGGCGGCAUUUCUUGGAGCUAACGACCAACUUCCUUGCACCUUUUGGGCCAUAUCUGAGAACCACGACACCACCGGAAGGGAGUUCUCCAUUCGUUGAUCCACCACUACUUCCACCAUUUCACGCAGAUGAGUUUGUCAAUGGUUUGGCUUCUAGAGGCCCAGGGAAAUUUUUGUCGAAAAGGAUGAAGUCCAAUUGGUUGGAUUUAUAUAGAAAAUUCUUGGAAGGCCCUAACUUCAUGCCUUGGUUCCGACAAAGACGUUCUGCUGCAGAGCAAGAUCAGCUAAGGUUAUGGAGGCAAGCUCGCAUGAAUGUUGAUAUCGAGAAGUUAAUGUCAAAGAUGUCCGAGUUGGAGAGGAUUGAUUCUUUUAAUGUUAUUGAGCGGUAUCUUCUCAAAGAGAUGGAGAAUUCUCGGACAGGUACUGCUGAAUCAAUAGCAGCAUGCCAGAAACUGAAGGCAGACCUCCAGGCAGCAUUCAGUGUCCUCCCAAAGGACAUGCAGCAGCUGCUGCUUUCCAACCCUAAACGAGCCGGGCUUCUUCAAGCCAGCCAAGAAAAGGUCUCAGGACUUGGGGACGUUGUCUCCCAGACAAGUUUGUAGCUGUUCUCCUUUUUCUUUGUAAUAUUACUAUUGCGAUUCUUUUAUCCACAGAGUAAAAAAUUCACACGAUUUUUUUA